CUCCUGCUUCCUCCUCGAUCCCCCUUGGCUCUUGAUCUGUCGUCUCGGCGCAUCGAGGGAUAGACAAGAUGGCUGCGUUCAAAAUGCUCUUUAUAGCAGCGGUCCUCUUUGUGGGCGGAGCGAAGGUGGGCGGAGCGAAGGUGGGCGGAGCAAAGCAGGUGGCAGCUGGCACUUCCCGCUCGGAGCAGUGCCGCGCGGAAGGAGGCAGCUGCGUGUCCGCCGGGAGCUGCCGGUCGCCCUCGGUGGCUGCCUCGACCUGCGGGGGGGGCGGGGGCGCCGUGUGCUGCAACCCCUCGGGGCUGGAGGCCUUCGCUCGCACCCUGGAGCUGGACGGCUUCGAGGUCGGCCUGAGAGUCAACCCUUGCAGUGACCGGAAAUGCCUUACCUGGUACCGGGGUCAAUGGUUGGCAGACCCGGCCACCUGUACGGACAAGCGGCGACUGGUGAACUUCUGCCCGACCACUAACCAAUGGUGUUGCGCUCCGCCCUGCAGAAGGAGGUCGAGGUGUCGCAGGAGGAAAGGUUACUGCGUCCCGAGGAAGUCCCUGUGUCCGAGCGGCAGGACGAGGCGCAGGCUGUGUGGAGGGAGGAUGUGCUUCUGCUGCCUGCCAGAUUGGCCGGUUCCGCGUUGCAAUUGCUCCCAGAACAGAGUAUCGGUGUGCGAGCCGACAGGAACCUUCUCCCUUGCUGAGGACAGCUGCGUUCAAGUCCACAGCCCUGGUUACCCUUACCCCUACGACAACGACGCGUCAUGCUCCCUUAGUGUCGUGGCUCCGAGUUACUGCAGAAUUAUCGUGGAGUACUGUCAGGUGGAGCUGGAAAGGUGUCCUUAUGAUUACGUGAAUGUCACCGAUGGCGUAACCAGCAACUCGUACUGCGGGAGCGCUACCCCAGCUGGCUUCACUUCAGACGCUAACACUGUCGACUUCAGUUUCUUCUCGGAUUUCAGCCAAGUGAACAGAGGCUUCCAGGCUUAUCUCUCGACCAGCUGCUUCGACUGUACUCAGGGACCGACUUAUACGGUGUGCAGCGACACCGCCAUCACCUCGAGCACCGGCGGUCUGAUCAACUCCCCCGGGUACCCAGGCAAUUACCCGACCUUCGUGAGCUGCUCCCUCACCAUCAGCGCUCCUGCUGGGUCGACCAUUAGAUUUCAAUAUUUAGCGUUCGCUUUGGAACCAGCUCCGCCGACGUGCUCGUUCGACUUCUUCCAGAUCUACGACACGUCGGCUCCGUCCACGACAAAAUACUGUGGAAAUAUCGCACCCAGCUUCACGGCCUCUUCAACAAAUGAAGUGACGAUCCUAUUCUCUUCGGACAAGUCUGAUGUCUAUUCGGGAUUCUCGAUCUGCUUCACGGUAAUAUAAGACCUCGGACUGACAGUUGAACUCCCUUACCCGAUAAUGGCCGAAGACCGAACCACAAACAAUUCUUUCAAAUUCUUCACGAAAUGCUUCCAAAAUCGGGAAAAUAAGAUACUAGGAAUCUGUAAAUGACUUGGAUCGGUAUAUUAAGAAAUUCACUCAUUCAGGAUACCCGGUUCUUGAUAAAUCAUAGAGGAAACCACAUAACUUUUCUCUGUAUUCUUACGUUAACUUUGAAGGAACAUUUUCUUGAUAUUACACUUUUACAUUUUCUUGGUAUCACACUUUCCUUGAUAUAUCAUCCACGUAACUUUCCCAUUCUGUCUUCGCCUUAAUAUUGAUUAAUUACUUCAUUAUACCUUUACACUGCAACUUUCCACUGUAUCUUUACCUUAUUACCGAACGAGUAUUUUCCUUGAUACUCAAUUUUCCUGCUUUCUGAUCAUUACGCAGUAAAUAGGUUGAAGCCAUCUUAGAGUAAAUAAGCCCAUGUGUGGUCGGUUUUCUUGUGUACGCAUCACCGCCACACAGAACCAUUGCAUUAAUAUUUCCAAAGUGAGAUUAUGUGUUAUUUUACUGACAAUUACAUCUAUGUAUGAAUCUUGUACUAUGGCAUAUGACCUUGAUGUACAUUUGCCAUAUAUGGUACUGAAUAAAGUUUUUAUCGGCAUAUUAAA